AUGGAUAAACUUGUUGGUGGUGAAGAACCAAACAACAACAAUAAUAAUAACAAUGAGAAGAAAGGCAAGAAAAAAACAACGACGGCGGCUGACAACAAAAUGGAUGUUCGCCGAAAAAUUAGCGUUCCUCUGCCGGCGAGCACUUCGAAACGAAUUGUGCAUAAAUGGGCUUCGGUUCGCGAGAUGGAAUCGUUGAAUGUCUCGCCGCCAAAUACGACGACGACGACCACAACACAACCAACUACCAGGUAUUUUGGUGGAUUUAGAUUUGAUCUACAGUAGUUUCAGCUAGCAGGUCCUGUUGGAUAAUGUAUUUGAGAUACUGUAUUUUGAGAUAAGGUAGUUAGGUGGAUACAAAGUUGAUAGAAAUAUUGGAUUAGGAAAAGUUGAUUUUUUUUUGCUUUGAUUUCAUUCAAUUCUAGAAUCAGUUCAGGACUUUUUGUAGUUCAAGAUUUGUAAUUCAGAGUAAGUAAUGUUUUGAAGAUUUUUUUGUUAGAAUUUACGCAAAUGGUUUUUGAAGUUUCCAAAUGUUUUGACUGAGACAAGUGAAAAUGAAUUUUGUAGAUAAAGAGUGUUCGUUCAUUUUUCUAGUCAGCUUAACUAGAAAGUUUUUUUUUCAUUUUAUGGUGUUUGGGACUUAAUGGUGCAAAUAUCCAAAUCCCCUCUAUGAAUACUAGGAAUUUCCCACAUUUAUUUUUCUGCUGAUCUUCCUGAUGUUCAAGAAUUUCUAAUUUUUCCGAAUGUUUCAAUUUUCUUGGUAUGUUUCAAGUUCAUUGAAAAUAUUUUCAAAAGUUUACAACUAGAAGUCUUUUUAGAAAGUCUUUUUCAGUUCAAAGUACUGAACUCAAGUUAGACAUUGAGCUCAACUUGGUUACUGUAGUUGUUCCUUUUUCUCAAGCUGGUUGACUUUUCGUUGUCAAAUGUUCUUAUUGAAUCCCAAUUUUCUUAUUUUCCCAAAAACAGCAAUUUUUCAAAUAUCUUAUCCCAAGUGCUCUUUUUUGUUUCAAAAACCGCCACCUGCCAUUCAACUUGUGUUGAUUAUCAUCAAAAACAAUAGGGUCAGGUCAUAAACCAAUUCCUAUUUUCCUAAAGGCGCUAAAAUAUUCAAACUUGGUCCACCUGAAAAGAUAUCAAUUUCGGUUUUUUCUCUUUUUUUUUGUUGAAUAAUUGAUUGCGUGAAUAAUGUAUUUUUUGUGAUAUGUACAUACACAAAAAGAAAAAAAUUGCGUGCUGAAAGGAAAAAGUGUGAUUUUGCACACAUUUUAAGGGUACAAAGUGAAUAGAUUGUAGUUUUGAGAUAUCGGGUGGAAAACAAGGUGUCACCGCCUUUUAGCGUGAUACAUUUGAAAUUCCGGGUUCUUUUGAAUGAAAAAAAAACAUUUGGUUUGUUAGAUAUUCCAAAUUUUAUUAAGAUAUGCUCUGUAGUUUGAAAUGGUGGGUGCAAACUGAUAUUGAAAUGAUAUCAUAUAUUGGUUCUCCGAAAUAAAAAAAAAUCACUGAUAAUUGAAUUAUCAUCUAUCGUACCAUGUGUGGGAAGCUGCAAAGUUGGACUUUGUGUGGGCUUUUUUGUUGUAUGAACUUGUUUGAUAUAAUCAUAAAAUUUUAUGAAGUAUAUUCAAAAUAUUUCCGGAAUUUGGCCCAUUAUCAAAAAAUUGAUAAACUUUGAUCCACUAAUGAAAAAGGUGUGGUCGUGAGUCUCUACAAAAGCACGUGUUUUCUCUCAAAUAAAUUGAUUCCUUGAUUCUUCCCAUAACAAUCAAUGAUAGUUUUUAACACAUUUUUUGUUUUCUGUAACGAAAAAAAGCUGUUUUCCGGUCCCGUGUACUGUAUUUUCACACAUUUUGUUUUCAAACAUGGUGUUGACAUGAGAAUGUGUUGUAAAAGUGGGCGGAGCCUGCAUAUAGGUCACACCCCCAACCCGAAAAAGGAUGGGUAGCAGAAUUAGCUCAUUAUCAAUUUCAUUGGUAUUACUUUUUGGUGACUUUUCUCAAUUUCUGCUGAAUAAAUAUGCGCACCUUGGACUUCUUGAGAUCUAGCAUUCGUUUCAAGUCAUCGUCAUCUAGUGAAAAAUAUUCGAGUAUUACUCCAUCGUGUUCUAAUUCGGUACACCCUACUCCUCUUCCGCCACCAACAAAUCUUCGCAAAAAUAAACCGCUGAAGAUGAUUGUUGAAAAGGUUGAAAGUGGUACCCACGACGAUAAUUUUGUCUUUGAACGACACACAAGUUUUGCAUCUUCGUCAACUCGGUUAGUUUUAAGUGCUCCAUAUUUUCUGAUAAGAGAGUUUUUUUGUCUUUCUGAUAUUUUUACAACUGAUGAAAUGUUGUCACUAGUUUACCAUAUUAUGCUAGAUAUUGCUCAUGGUAUACAUCAUAAACAUGAAGAUGAAGAUCAUAAGAAUCAUUUACAGCAGCAUCAUAGGUUAAUAAUUAUAAUUUUUUAUUGAUUAGUAAUCAAUCAAUGAUUACCCAAAUAACUUACUGAAAUUCUGAUUUUUUCAGCGGUCCGAUCUCAAAAACUUUGAGUUAUCUCCGAAACAAGAUGGACUCGGCAUUGUCGACAUCGUCUCUAUAUCCAUCAAAAGAAGAAGUUCGUCUUUGGGAGCGCAAUUUUGAAGCGUUGCUCAACAGUAAAUGUAAGUUUUCUCAAACCAAUUUUUAGUGGGUGGGGGAGAGUUCAAAUAAAAAACCAAUCCUUUACAAAAAUGAACAAAUAAUUUUUCCAGAUGGCUGCGCAUUGUUCCGUCAAUUUUUGAAAAAAGAAUUCUCCGACGAAAACGUUGAUUUCUGGCUGGAAUGCGAAGAUUUCAAGAAAAUGAAGGAUGGCAAAAAAGGAACCACCCAGAAAGCAAUUGAAAUCUAUCGGGAAUAUGUUGUUGAGCAUUCGCCAAAAGAGGUCAAUUUGGACAGUGAUACACGGGCUGCAACAAAGGCUGCGUUGGAAAAUGGAUGUCGAACUGAUACAUUCAGUUUGGCGCAAAAUCGAGUCGAGCAACUUAUGGCUAAAGAUUCGUACAGAAGGUUUGUAAUUGUUUUAUUCUGAAAAUCAAAGACUGUUUGGUCCACUUUAGAAGUAUCUCCUGACUAUGAGUUGUUUUAAAAUUUCAAUAUUAAUUUUUUCAGAUUCCUGCGUGAUCGACUUUUCUUGGAUCUCAUUGAAAGUUUCGAAUCUGACAGUCAAGGAGCAUCAACAUCCUCUGAAGGACCAUCAACUUCCAAAUAA